UAUUUUUCUCUCUCUUUUGCAGUGAACCAUGGAGCAAUUCGAACAGUUGUUGACGUGCUGCGUGUGUUUGGACAGGUAUCGCAUACCAAAGCUUUUGCCAUGCCAGCACUCCUUUUGCAUGGAGCCCUGCAUGGAGGGUUUGGUGGACUAUGUGAGACGCCAGGUCAAAUGCCCCGAAUGCCGUGCCGAACAUCGUAUACCCUACAAUGGCGUCCAGGCCUUUCCCACGAAUGUUACGCUGCAGCGUUUCCUGGAGCUGCAUAUCGAAAUCACCGGCGAAUUGCCAGAUCCCACCUCAGGUCAAAUCAUGGAGCGCUGCGGCGUUUGCUCCGAGAAGGCAUAUCUCUCCCACUGUGCGCACUGCGAGAAAAAGAUCUGCGAGGACUGCAAGAGCGCGCACAUGGACAUACUGCGACGUGAGAUAACCCGCUUCAAUUCACAGAUUCGUCGCAGUUUGCAUCGAUUGCAGGAUUCGCUGUCGAUCAUCGAGAAGAACACGCAGAGUCUGCAGACGAAUGCGAUUGGCGUGACAGAGGAGAUCGACGAGAUCUACAGGCGCAUAACGAAGGCCAUAAAGGACAGAACCGACGGACUCAAGGGCGAAAUCGAUCGCUAUUUGGCCGUGGAGCUGCGCAAUCUGACCACGCUCAAGGAGAACCUGGACCUGGAGAUCACCAACAUCACCAGCAAUUGCGACAUUGUGGACAAGUACAUGAACGAGACGGUCGAGUGGGACGAUUGUGAGCUGAUGGACACCAAGGAGAUCUUUCUGAAGACGGUCGAAUUUUUGCGUCACUUUGAGUACGAGAACAACGAUUACAGCCGGCGGGUGCGCUUCAUUGUGUCCAUCGAUCCCAAUCAGUUGGUGAUGAAUUUGGCCACCUUUGGGGAUCUGAACAUUGCGCCCCACUCGACGCCCAGCGGCUCGGUGAGCAGCUCCCAUCUGGCGCCGCCCAGUGCCCUGCAGCCCGGACUGAUGCGCUCGAAGAGCGAUCAUCGCUUGGCCACCCAGUUCCGGCAGCAGGAGGAGCGAGGCGGCUACAACGAUGAGCCCGUGCUCGGGGGCCGAAAGUUUGGCGAGCGGCCACAGCGCAGCGCCAACAACAACGAUCGCUAUGGCGAGAGCCGUUAUGGACGCUCCGAGUACGACUACGAGAACGACUAUGAGAACGAGCCGGCGGGACGCGGGACGAAAUCUUCACGUUUCCGUUCGCGCUUCGUGCGCUCGCACCAGAACGACGACUCGGACAGCGAGCAGCAGCAGCAGCAGCGCCAGCAGGAGAUUGAGAAGCGCAAGGAUCGCGUGCUGGACAGCGAGGAUGUGUCGCGCGGCCAGCUGAGUGGCAUAAUACGGCUCAGCGAUUGCUCGCGCGUGGUGCAGCGUCUGGCGGAGAUUGGCAAGGAGAAGAAGGAGAAGAAAUCGGAUGUAGCCGCGCAUGCCGCUCAGGCGUGCGUUCAGGCAGCCAUCCAAGCGCAGAAGGCCGCCAUGCAGCGACAGCAGCAAAAGAAUCAACAGUCGGCAGCAGCAGCAGCCGACGAAGAUGAGCUGGCGCGCCAGAAGCGCAAGAGUGCGGCGGGCAGCUCGACGGCUGGGGAAACGAGCGGCGAGCAGCGACCCAAUACGGAGCGUGUGACGGCGUUGAAGCGAGGCGGCCUGGGCGGCAGCGAGGAGAGCGACAGCAGCAGCAGCAAUCAGGCAGCGACGGCAGCAGCAGCAGCAGCAGCAGCAUCUCCAGUGCGUACAGCAACGGCGACAGCGCGAGCCGAGGUAAGUGUGAAUGAGACAAAUGAAGAAGAUGAGGAAGCAGAUGAGGAAGAUGAAGAAGAAGAAGAAGCAGCAGAGGAAGCCAGUGACAGCAGUGACAGCAGCGAAGCUGAGACUGAGACUGAAAGUGAGAGUGAGAGUGAGAGUGAGACAGAGCAACAGCCGCAGCAGCAGCAGACAGAACAACAGCAGCUGCAGCUGCCAGAGCAGGUGGAUAAUGCGACCAGCUCAGAGUAUGAAGAGGUGACAGUCAGUGAGAGUGAGGAGAGUGAGGAGGAGCAGCUGCAGGGGCAGCCAGAGCUGAGCAUGCCGGUGAUAAAUAUUGUGCCGCCAGAGAAUGAGCUGAUGGAGAAGGCGUCAGAGAAUGAAUGCAAUAUGGAUGUCAUAAGCGAUAGGCAUAUAGAGCCGGAGAUUGAGGAGAAGCAGGAGGACGAGGAAGUGAAAGUGGAAGUAGAAAAAGAGGAAGAGGAAGAAGAGGAAGAGAUUACAGAUGAUGAGGAGGAGGAGGAAGAGGAGGAGGAGGAGGAGGAGAACGAGGUGGAUGAAGAAAAUGAGGCUGAGGCAGAGGUAAAGGCAGAGCCAAUUGCAGAAGCAGCAGCUGUUGAGCAGGAAGAUGAGGAUGAAGAGGAGUAUGUUGAGGAGGAGGAGGAGGAGGAAUAUGAGUCAUAUGAAACAGAUGAGGAUCAAACGGAAGAUUAG